AUCACAUGACAUGACAAAGCAGCUAGCUACUUCCGGUGUAGACCGCCGCUAGCCACACAGCUCGCGUACGGACCACCUCUUCGUCCAAGAUGCUGGCCCUCAUCAACAGGCUUCUGGACUGGUUCAGGACCAUCUUCUGGAAGGAGGAGAUGGAGCUCACGCUGGUGGGGCUGCAGUACUCCGGAAAAACCACAUUCGUCAAUGUGAUUGCAUCUGGCCAGUUCAGUGAAGACAUGAUUCCCACGGUCGGUUUCAACAUGCGGAAGGUCACUAAAGGAAAUGUGACAAUAAAGAUAUGGGACAUCGGGGGACAGCCUCGCUUCAGAAGCAUGUGGGAGCGCUACUGUAGAGGAGUCAAUGCCAUUGUUUACAUGGUGGAUGCGGCGGACCGAGAGAAGAUCGAAGCUUCCAGAAAUGAACUGCACAACCUUUUAGACAAACCACAGCUACAAGGAAUUCCAGUUCUAGUACUGGGCAACAAACGAGACCUACCCAACGCACUUGAUGAGAAGCAGCUCAUUGAAAAAAUGAAUCUGUCUGGGAUUCAGGACCGAGAGAUCUGCUGCUACUCUGUCUCCUGCAAAGAGAAAGACAAUAUAGAUAUCACGCUGCAGUGGCUCAUCCAGCAUUCAAAGUCACGGAGAAGCUGAAAACCACGCCGUCUAAUGGCCACGGGACCUCGACAGCCAUCUUAUUCCAGCUCUCUGCUCACUACUGUCACCACCUGCACCACCCAGUACACUACCAUAGACGCCCCCUGUACAGCACUACCGCCAGCACGACUACCCGGAUUCUCCUACAGUUGGUUCAGUACUUUGCUGAAUGGUCGAUGUUCAUACCCAUCAUGCCUUAUCGCUGGUCAUUAUCAACACGACCCCUUCUCCUUUGUAACGACACCAGAAUCUAAAGAUGUUACAGUGUGCCGUCUCCGGGCUACAGGAGGGACCUCUCCAUUGCACACGCGAUGUUGUGUUGCUCCUGAACAUUUGGGAAGGGUUGCGAUUGUAGUUUUUAACAGUUAUUUGCCAAAUGACGACGCUUGUAUUGAUACGGGAUCUUUGCAAUGUAGCCGGCCUUUCAUUGCGCUCGGCAAGUAUCAGUUGUAUGAAGUGACUUAAGUCAACGUUUACACAGAACGUAAAGACAAAGAGAAGGUAAGACUCACAUCCUAAAAGGGGCCAAUGGAGUUUAAAGUGCCUUCGUCGAAGGAAUUGCUCUAAUCAGACGGUUAUUACCUAAAGCCACUUUAACCCGAUAUCAUGAAGAAACACACGUCCCCCGUUGAUCAACCUCACCUUACGGCGUCUGAGAUGAGAGCGUACUGUGCUUCCACUAGAGAAUGACCAGGAAUGAAUUAGUGAUUGAAGCAAGCUGAAUGACUUAAUGUUACAUGUGUUUUUCUUGCUCGGUGUCCCCCCCUGCAGCCGGUGCCACUUUCUUGUAGCUCCAAACUCUUCUCAGGUGGUUGAUGAAUGUCUCAAAAGGCAUCUGUUAGCCGCUCCCUGUGGAGGUUGGGUUGGAGAACAGAAGACAAUCCGCCGGAUGCUUAAUGUCUGACAUGCCGAGCCAGUCUGCACCCUGAUGUGUUUUUGUAGAAGUCUCCGCAGCACUCAAGACGCCAUUUAUCGACGUAAUCUCGUGUCGGCCACAAGACGUAUUCCUCAUGCUGACGCUGUAAAUGAAUCUGCCCUUUGCUUGGCCAGUUUAUCUUGAUCAUUUCUCUUUUUUAUGUGUGAGCUUUGCUGAUAAUGCAUCCAUUGCUCUCAGUAGAGCUACAUGGCUUCUGCAUUUCACUGUCAUUUCCUCUACAAGUCGCCCACACACACACACCCCCACAAGUUCUUGAUUUUAAGGAUCCUAAAUGGCGAUCGUUGGUGACUGUGGGUCAUUUGGGGGAAAGCUUUUGUUACCUGUGCAAUAAUAUAAUAUAGCCCAUUUGCAUGUGCAGAACUUGAUUGCAGACUUUGUAAAUAAGAUUUAGCCUUUUUAUUCCAACAAAUGCCUCUGUAGAUGUCAUGCAUUUUCUGUUUCUCCUCCUGUAAUUGCUAAUAAAUUUGGUUUUAUUUUUAAGGUG